AUGGGUAACAAACCUGCAAAAAAGAUAGAGAAGGAAGAAAUCCUUUUGAAGUUUGCCCCUCCCAUCGACCCUGUUUUUGGCCGUUGGCUUGCUCGUGAUAUUCGGAGUACUGAGGGUUACACUGUGAAAAAUCCUCCUAUGCUGAAGCCCCCAGAUCAUUACAUUGAGUACAUGCGCUUGUAUGGAAUGUUGGACUUGGAUUUAGAUGACCCAGAUUUGGCUCAUUUGUUCAAGUGAAAAACCUCAUGUCUCUCCUCUUAGAUUGUAUAAGAGCGUCAUCCAUGAAUUGUAUAUGAUGGGUCUCUUUAUAAGUUCAUAUUGUUCUACUAGUGUCUCAAAACUGGUCAUCAUGAAUCCAUGAUGAACAAACACUCUGAGAUGAAAUAGUAUUCUACCUGUUUUCA